UCACUCGUUAGGCGUUUCUGCCCCUUGCAAGCUACGAACAUCGAACCAAGAUUGCUUUGGUUACUUCCGAUCCAGGCCGACGCCCUAGAGAUAGACCCGAUUCCAAAGCACACAGUAAACGGCUGUAGUCUGUACUAUUCGUCGGACUAUAUCGUAGUGAAGUCGCCGAACGAUAGGCGGUUAUACAGAUACAUACAGCUGCCGAAUGGCCUCUGUGCUUUGCUUGUGCAUGAUCCUGAUAUUUAUAUGAACGGGCCACCGGAAAGUACCAGGCCUGAUGAAAUCGGCGAUGAUGAUGCCGAUGAGGAAGAUGGCGAAGAUGAUGAGGAUGAAAGCGGAGAAGAAGAAGACGAAGGAGAAGACGACGACGACGAUGAUGAUUAAGGCAAUGAAGGAAAAAAAAUCAACUAAAAAGGCUGCAGCAGCAAUGUGUGUAGGGAUGGGUAGCUUUUGUGAUCCUUUAGAGGCACAGAGUUCCAACACUCGGAGUGGUGGCCUACGAAGUGGUGACCCAAAAAGAGGAAAAAGAGGGGUGUCAACCUUCAGUGGUUCUUUAUCAGUCUUGCACAUUUUCUUGAACACAUGCUUUUCAUGGGUAGUGCAGAAUUUCCAGAUGAAAAUGAGUAUGACAGUUACUUGUCCAAGCAUGGGGGCUCCUCCAAUGCAUACACAGAAGUUGAGCAUACUUGCUACCAUUUUGAAGUUAAACCAGAAUAUAUUUCUCCAGGGUGCUUUGAGAAGAUUUUCUCAGUUUUUUAUUUCGCCAUUUGUGAAGAACGAAGCAAUGGAUCGAGAAGUACAGGCUGUAGAUUCAGAAACUCUUGAUGUGGUUGAAAGUUGGGUUCUUGAGCUAUUUAGCAAAGUCAAAACCAGCAAUGCUUUAAAGUCAGAAGUCAAACCAGGACUCCCCAUUUGGAGAGUCCAGGAAAAAUUUAUCGUUUAG